AUACCUUCCUGCUUUAACUUAUCUUUAUUGUUGCAAAUUUCUUGGCAUACUUUCAGGCGCAUUGGUUGACUUGAUAUCUUUGCCCGUUACAGUGGGUUUCACAUCAGCCACCGCAGUUAUUAUUGGAACAUCACAAAUCAAGGGUCUCUUGGGCUUGCGUGGUGGUUCCGGUUCCGGUUUUAUAAACACCAUGAAAUCUGUGUUUCUCAAUUUAGAUAAAAUUCGUAUUGGGGAUUUUAGUUUAGGUGUUACUGCCAUUAUUAUUCUGUUGCUAUUAAGGAAACUGAAAGACUUAAAACUUCAAAAUUCCAACAAAUUCCUGAAAAGUUUCCUCUGGAUUGUGGCCACCGGACGUAAUGCUCUGGUGGUUUUAAUAAGCAGUACCAUAGCCUAUUACACAUGUCAGAACAAGGAUGCAUGUCCACUGAUCUUAACGGGUAAAGUGAAAAGUGGUUUACCCGAAUUUCAAUUGCCACAAUUUAAAACAACAAUUCUAAAUGCAAAUGGGACAGAAACUGCACAAAAUUAUUCGGCAAUGUUGGAAGAGUUGGGUCCUUCAAUGAUUAUUUUACCCAUAAUUGCGGUAUUGGGUAAUGUGGCAAUAUCAAAGGCUUUUGGCGGAGCUGGAAUUUCGCCAACACGUGAACUUGUGGCAUUGUCAUUGAGUAAUAUAUGUGGUUCGUUCUUCUCCUCAAUACCUGUGACGGGGUCUUUCUCGCGUAGUGCCGUAAAUCAUGCCAGUGGUGUUAGAACACCAAUUGGUGGAUUUUAUACCAGUGCAUUGGUACUAUUGGCAUUGGGUUUAUUGACACCAUAUUUCCAGUAUAUUCCCAAGGCCUCACUGAGUGCUGUGAUUAUUUCGGCGGUUAUAUUUAUGAUUGAGUUUGAGGUCAUCAAACCAUUGUGGCGUUGCAGUCGCCGUGAACUCUUACCCGGGGCCAUUACAUUUGUGGUAAGCUUGGCAGUGGGUGUGGAGAUUGGCCUUCUUUUGGGCGUGGGAGCUGAUGUUGCAUUUUUGGUAUAUCGUGUGGCCCGUCCCGUACUAACAGUUAACAAAUUGAGUACCACCCAUGGCAUUUCUUAUAUUUUGAUAAGGCCCAAACACAGCUCUUUAUAUUUUCCUGCAAUUGAAUGGGUGCGCACCGGAAUUUCUAAGGCAUUGGAAACUCAUGGUUCGGCACCUGUAAUUUUGGAUUGCUCAAAUGUUCAUGAUUUUGAUUUCACCGCUGGCCGUGGUAUUGGCGCUCUCAACAAGGAAUUGAUACGCAUGAAUAUUCCUUUGUUCCUGCUCAAAGCCUCCAAGGAGAUCAUUGUCAUUCUAAAGGAAUCAACAAAUGCCGAUAUACCUACACUGGAACAGCCUGAUGAUUUGGAGACUGUGCUGGAACAGAGUCCCGACUACGAACCAUAUCUACAGGUGAUGGUGCCCUUGGUAGCUAAUCCAAAUCACGGCAAUGCAGAUAAUGAGCAUGACAAAAAGAAUUGAAUUUAUCAUACCGCCCUAUCUCAAAAACCAAAUUAGGUUUAAUAUUCCACAGAUUCCAAACCCUAUCAUGUCAACCCACAAUGAGACUAAAUGCUGUUCUAAGUAUUUCCAUUUUUUUUAUUAAAUGCAAUUAUCUCCUAUACAAGAUGCAUAAGUAAACAAUUUACAUAUUAGAAUUUUUGUAUGUAUUACUAAAGACCCCAAAUAAGUGUUUUCGAAAGAAAACCGCAUAUAAUUUUUAACUUUUUGCACAAACUUUUUUUAUUUUUCUCCUUUUUUUGUUUUCAAAUCUUUGCUUAGUUUAAAGUAAAAAUUCUCUUGUUUAUAUAUAAGUAAUAAUAAUAUCCCAUAAUAUAAAAUAUAAUAAAUUGUAUGCAUGAAAAACUCGUGUAUUAUUAUAUAACCAUAAAAAAACAUUAUUCUGUUUUUAAAAAAUAAAAAAAGGUUUUUGUUUUUUAUAUAUUCGAACUAAAUGUGAAACGUAAACUUUAUAAUUAUAUUAAUGAUAAUAAUAAUAAUGAAACUAUUAAAGUGUGUGUGUAUAUAUAAACAAGUAUAUAUAUAUAAAAUACAAUAGAAUAAUUUAUUAUAAAUAUUAAUUUAAACCAAAUUUUUUAGCAAAUAAAACAAAAAUUAAAAAGAACUCACAAAUAAAUACAAAAGUAAAAAAAAA